AUGGCUCCACCAGGCAUAGGGGGCAGAGUUAAACUCACACCCGUGCCCCGUUGUGACCUUGACCCCUACCGAACCUGGUUCGAACGGGUCAGCAUGCUGGUUAUCCUGCUGAACUGCGUGACGCUGGGCAUGUUUCAGCCGUGCGAGGACAUCGCCUGCGACUCCCAGCGCUGCCGGAUCUUGCAGGCCUUUGACGACUUCAUCUUCGCCUUCUUCGCUGUGGAGAUGGUGGUGAAGAUGGUUGCCUUGGGCAUCUUCGGAAAGAAGUGUUACUUGGGAGACACCUGGAACCGACUGGACUUUUUCAUCGUCAUUGCAGGGAUGCUUGAAUACUCCCUGGACCUUCAGAAUGUCAGUUUCUCUGCUGUUCGGACUGUCAGAGUGUUACGGCCUCUUCGAGCCAUUAACCGAGUUCCCAGUAUGCGAAUCCUGGUCACUUUGCUGCUAGACACCUUGCCCAUGUUGGGCAAUGUCCUCCUUCUCUGUUUCUUCGUCUUCUUCAUCUUUGGCAUUGUUGGGGUUCAGCUCUGGGCUGGGCUCCUUCGAAACCGAUGCUUCCUUCCAGAGAAUUUCAGCAUCCCUCUGAGUGUGGACCUAGAACGCUACUAUCAGACUGAGAAUGAGGACGAGAGCCCUUUCAUCUGCUCCCAACCUCGGGAGAAUGGGAUGCGUUCCUGUCGAAGCGUCCCCACGCUUCGAGGAGAAGGGGGUGGUGGCCCUCCUUGUGGCCUUGACUAUGACGCCUACAACAGCUCUAGUAAUACUACCUGUGUCAACUGGAACCAGUAUUAUACCAACUGCUCCGCUGGUGAGCACAACCCCUUCAAGGGAGCCAUCAACUUCGACAAUAUCGGCUAUGCCUGGAUCGCCAUCUUCCAGGUCAUCACGCUCGAGGGCUGGGUAGACAUCAUGUACUUUGUGAUGGAUGCUCAUUCCUUCUACAACUUCAUCUACUUCAUUCUUCUCAUCAUUGUGGGCUCCUUCUUCAUGAUCAACCUCUGCCUGGUGGUGAUUGCCACACAGUUCUCAGAGACUAAGCAGAGAGAGAGUCAGCUAAUGAAGGAGCAGCGGGUUCGAUUCCUGUCCAAUGCCAGCACGUUGGCCAGCUUCUCUGAACCGGGCAGCUGUUAUGAGGAGCUGCUCAAGUACCUGGUGUACAUUCUCCGGAAGGCUGCCCGGAGACUGGCCCAGGCCUCCAGGGUGGUAGGGGCCCGAGCUGGCCUCCUAGCCAGUCCUGGUGGCCGAGGAGUUUCUGAGACCCAGCCCGCCAGAAGCGGGAGUUGCCCCCGUUCCCGCCGUCAUCGCCCAUCCAUUCAUCACCUGGUUCACCACCACCACCAUCACCGAUCUCUGGGUUGGCAUGUGGAGCUCUCAGGGUCCCAUUGCCCAAGUGGUAAUGGUGAUGCCAACGAGACCCGUCGGCUCAUGCUGCCUCCGCCUCCUACCUGUGCCCAUCCUGGGGGGUCUCCUGGGGGUUCUGAAUCUGUCCAUAGCUUCUACCAUGCUGACUGCCACCUAGAACCCCUGCGCUGCCAAGCAGCCUCUCCCAGGUCCUCUCCUGAGGGUCCGGGUAGGAAUGCAGGUGGAGGAAAGGUAUACCCCACCAUGCACUCCAGAUCCCCACCCAAGGUGCUAAAGGAAAAGGCAUUGGUGGAGGCAACCCCUGUCUCUGGGCCCCCCACUCUCACCAACCUCAACAUCCCACCUGGACCUUACAGUUCCAUGCACAAGCUGCUGGAGACACAAAGCACAGGUUCCUGUCAAGGCUCCUGCAGGAUUUCCAGCCCCUGUGGGAAGGCAGAUAAUGGGGCCUCUGGCCCAGAUAACUGUCCCUACUGUACUCCAACACAGGCGGGAGAAGCUGAGCUGAUGGACCCAGAGCUGCUUGACUCAGAUAGUGAGGGCAUCUAUGAGUUCACACAGGAUACCCAGCAUGGUGACCACCGGGACCCCCACUGGGGGGCAAGCCAGGGCCAGGGCCAAGAGCCCAGCACCUUGAUGGCCUUCUGGACGCUGGUCUGUGAGACUUUUCGGAAGAUUGUGGACAGCAAAUACUUUGGCCGUGGGAUUAUGAUAGCUAUCCUUAUCAAUACCCUCAGCAUGGGCAUCGAGUAUCAUGAACAG